UCAGAAUGGCCAGAUUCACUCAGACUGAAACAAGAAGGCAGCACCAUCCACAGCAGCCCCAGCCCGCUCACUCCAGCCUGGUUUUCACCGGACCGGGGGUACCACCGAUCCAGCAACCACUGCUCCUUAUCCCACAUCAGCACCAGUACCCUCAGAUCACAUUUCCGAAACCCAUGAACGGGACAGAAUCCAUUUCCAUUCAUCCGGAGAACGGCAACAUGAAAGACCAAGAUGCCAUUAAGCUGUUUAUCGGGCAGAUACCGCGGAACUUGGAGGAAAAAGACCUGAAACCCCUGUUUGAACAGUUUGGGAAAAUCCACGAACUGACAGUCCUCAAGGACCGAUACACCGGCAUGCACAAAGGUUGUGCAUUCCUCACCUAUUGCGCCCGAGAGUCGGCCAUCAAAGCCCAGAACGCCCUCCACGAACAGAAAACACUUCCAGGGAUGACUCGCCCCAUCCAGGUGAAACCGGCUGACAGCGAGAGCCGUGGAGAAGACAGGAAGUUGUUUGUUGGGAUGCUGAACAAACAGCAGACCGAGGAGGAUGUUUACCGCCUCUUCGAACCCUACGGAGUCAUCGAGGAGUGCACGGUCCUAAGAGGUCCUGACGGAAACAGCAAAGGUUGCGCAUUUGUCAAGUUCUCCACACAUACUGAGGCUCAGUCUGCAAUCAGUGCCCUCCACGGAAGCCAGACCAUGCCAAUCUUCUGUUUCUCUCUCGACCCUCAGGGUGCGUCCUCCAGCUUGGUGGUCAAGUUUGCCGACACAGACAAGGAGCGCACCAUCAGACGUAUGCAGCAGAUGGUUGGGCAGUUUGGCAUCUUCAACCCAGCCAUUGCCCUCCCCUUCAGCACCUACAGCUCUUACGCACAUGCGCUCAUGCAGCAGCAGGCAGCCAUCAUGGCAGCAAGCCACGGAGGUUACCUCACGCCCAGCAUGGCCUUCCCCGCCACACAGAUCCACCAGAUGGGGGCGCUCAACAUCAACAGCCUCCAACACAACCCCAUGAACCCGAUGUCGAGUGAGUUCCAUCAAACACUGGGCCUCAGCUCUCCACCAGCCAACAUCACCACCUCCGUGCCCAGCCUUGUCUCGCCCCUCGUCAACGGGUUCACUGGGAUCCCCCAUCAGCCCAACGGACACCCCGCUGUGGAGGCUAUGUACACCAACGGCCUGCCGCCAUACUCCACCCAGAGCCCCACCGCUGCUGACACCCUCCAGCAAGCAUUCACUGGAGUACAGCAAUACACAGCAAUCUACCCCACCACCACGCUGACUCCCAUUGGCCAGACACUGCCCCAUCAAGCCCAGGUCAUCCAGCAGCAGCAGCAGAGAGAAGGUGAGGGUCCAGAGGGCUGCAACCUGUUCAUCUACCACCUGCCACAGGAGUUUGGAGACAAUGAACUCAUGCAGAUGUUUAUGCCUUUCGGCUCCGUCAUCUCCUCCAAGGUCUUCAUGGACCGGGCCACCAACCAGAGCAAGUGCUUCGGUUUCGUGAGCUUCGACAACCCUGCUAGUGCACAGGCAGCUAUCCAAGCCAUGAACGGCUUUCAGAUCGGGAUGAAGAGGUUGAAAGUCCAGCUAAAGAGACCGAAGGAUGCCAGCCGCCCUUACUGACAAAGCCUACCUUCAGUAUUCAUUGCAGCAGCACAGGUUUUAGAGGACGCGUGAAGAUAUCUCGGAGGAGUUACACUUUUUUUCUUUGAGCGCAAAAUAUGUUUUAAAAAAAUCAACACAUAAGGAAUUUUUGAAGACAUAUCAGCAUUUACUUAUGAAGCUAUAGGUUACGGCAGAAAAGAAGAAGAUGCAAGAGAAGAGGAGACGCUUCACCGGGGGACUUAACAGUAACAGAUGGCACAGUGCAAGAAAGACGAGAAGAAAAAAAAAACUGAAAAAAGAUGUGAUGAGACUGAACAACAGAACUUUUUCUUGUUGAGACUUGAAUUGUUAAUUAAGCAACAAACUAACAAACAAAAAAGCAGCAACAACAAAUAGAUUUCUAUAUACAUAUUAUAUACACAUAUAUAUAAGGAAAGAGGCGCUUGUGGCUUUUACUGUACUGGACAAAUGAGGGUUAAAACUUGAAGAUCAAGAAAAACAGUGGAAAAAAAGAAGCUAUUCUAAUCGUCCACUGACAGACUUUCUUUCUCUUUCCCUCUUUCUCUUAUUCUCUCACCGUCUCUCAGCAAGGCAGAACUACGACUCUUGGAGGUCACUGAGGUUUCCAUUAGCAACAGUAGAACUGCAAAUCUUUCACCCCUAAGGGACCAAAGGACCAAACAUUUGUAUUGUUCUGAACAGUAAUAUAUAGUAUUAAAGAUACUAAUACUACAAACUACUACUAAUAAUAUUACAAGUUAAACUUAAGAAGAAAUACUAGCUUCAGGUUAAAAAAAAAAAAAGAGGAAAUGGGUUUUGUUUUAUUUUCCUUUUACAUUUAUAGCUACUGGGUUUAAGGAAUAUUAAAACAAAACAGAAAAAAAAUGUAUAAAGCUAUACUAUUUUAGGGGGGUAGACUAUGUGGGUUAGACAUUGUUGCGGGCAUGUUCAGAUACGUUGUUUUGCCACCCAUUGUUUCAUCUACAUCACAGCAUUUCAUCUCGGAGGUGUGAUCUGUCGGUGUUAUUGUGUCAGGAGAAGAAGAAAACAGUGCCAAAAGUGACACAAUAACAGCCUCUUAAAGCCAACAUUAGGAUCCACAGUGUAGUCAGCCGUGUACCGCUGUCUUCUGCUCUUGUCAGCGUGUUGCAAUUCCAUAAUUGACGCAAAAGUACUUCCAUGUGAUCAUUAAGGCCUUGAUAUUACCGAUAAUCUGACCAUAAAGCACUGUGGUGAGAGUGCCAUCCGGUCGAGCUGGAUACGCAGCAGUAACACGGCAAAGCAUCUGUAACCGCUUAAUGAAAUAUACAAAUGAGCUUGACAGCAGUUGUAAAAAAAAAUGCCAUGGUCGUGUCACAGUGGUCCCUGCCGGGUCGUGCCCCGUCCCGCUGCCAAGCCCCUCCAGCUGCUCUCAGCAGGCG